CAAGCUCAGUGCGAAUGCGGAUUGCGGGGAAGCUCCCGACCCUAUCUCUCUUUCUGGCAGCCAACCCAGCUUUCCACUGCCCUGCUCUGCCCCUCAUCCUCCCCCCUCCCUUGCUCUCUGGUGGCUUGUUAUUCGAGACUCCCCAAAACAGCACCGUUCCCACGCUUCCUCCUACUGUCUCCCGCUCCCAUCGAUGCCCCGACUUCCUUCCCAAGCCAUCAUCAUGAACUUCCCCCGAUCGCCGUCGUCACCAUGUUUAUGGCAUAUCUUCCCCCGUCCGUCCACUCACAGUUUCGCACCGCACAGGGCAAAGUCGCCGAGUUGCGCUUCGAGCUGAACAGCGGCGGCAAGAAGGACAAGCACCAUACCGCCAAGAAGAUCGCCCUCAAGAAGAUCGUCGCCAAUAUGACCAUGAGCAACAACGACAUGGUCGCCCUCUUCCCCGACAUCAUCGGCUGCAUGAACAUCCCGAAUCUCGAGAUCAAGAAGAUGUGCUUCCUCUUCCUCGUCAACUACUCGAGGAUGCGCCCCGACGUGGCCGUGAAGGCGAUACCGGUCUUGCAACAUGACAUGGAAGACCCGAACCCGCUCGUCCGCGCGCUGGCGCUGCGCACCAUGUCUUACAUCCACGUGCGAGAGUUCGUCGACGCGACCGUCCCCAUCGUCAAGCACCUCCUGCGCGACCCGGAUCCGUAUGUGCGCAAGACCGCCGCAUACUGCGUGGCCAAGCUGUACGAUCACGACAGGCAUAUGGUCGAAAGGUCGGACCUCAUCGACAGGUUAAACAGCCUCCUGAGGGACGACAACCCGACCGUCGUGGCCAGCGCACUGGCCAGCCUGAUGGACAUCUGGGAGAGAAGCGACUCCAUCAAGCUCACCAUCGAUUACAGCAACGCCUCCAAGAUGGUUGCCAUCUUGCCGGACUGCUCCGAAUGGGGCCAGACGUACAUCCUGGAGGCGCUGAUGUCCUACGUGCCACAAGAGUCCGGAGAAGCUGCGCUCCUCGCCGAGCGCAUCGCCCCGCGGCUCUCGCACUCCAACUCGGCCGUUGUGCUCACGUGCAUACGCGUGAUUCUCUACCUGAUGAACUACAUUGCCGACCAGAAACAGAUAUCCGCUCUCUGCCGCAAGUUGUCGCCGCCGCUUGUCACGCUGCUGGCCAAGGGCCCCGAGGUGCAGUAUCUCGCGCUCCGGAACGCGCUGCUGAUCCUCCAGCGGCGGCCCGAGGUGCUGCGUAACGACAUCCGCGUCUUCUUCUGCAAAUACAACGACCCCAUCUACGUCAAGGUCACCAAGCUCGAGCUCAUCUUCAUGCUCGCCAACGAGAAGAACAUCGACGAGGUGCUCACCGAGCUGCGCGAGUACGCCACCGAGAUCGACGUGCACUUCGUGCGCAAAGCCGUCCGUGCCAUCGGCAAGCUGGCCAUCAAGAUCGAGCCGGCCGCGAGGCGGUGCAUCAACCUGCUGCUGGAGCUCGUCGCCACCAAGGUCACGUACAUCGUGCAGGAGGCCACCGUGGUGAUCCGCAACAUCUUCCGCAAGUACCCGAACCAGUACGAGGGCAUCAUCGGCACGCUCUGCGAGCACCUCGACUCGCUCGACGAGCCCGAGGCCAAGGCGGCCAUGGUGUGGGUGAUCGGCCAGUACGCCAGCCGGAUCGAGAACUCGGACGCGCUGCUCGAGGACUUCCUCUUCUCCUUCGCCGAGGAGCCCGUCGAGGUCCAGCUCGCCCUGCUCACCGCCACCGUCAAGCUCUUCAUCCAGCGCCCCACCAAGGGCCAGGAGCUCGUGCCCAAGGUGCUCAAGUGGGCCACCGAGGAGACCGACAACCCGGACCUGCGCGACCGCGCCUACAUGUACUGGCGCAUGCUCUCGACCGACAUGGACGCCGCCAAGCGCAUCGUCAUGGGCGAAAAGCCCGCCAUCACGGCCGAGUCGGAGCGCCUCGACCCGGUCACCCUUGAGGAGAUGUGCCUCAACGUCGGAACCCUGGCCACCGUCUACCUCAAGCCCGUCCAGACCGUCUUCCGCAACGCCCGCCCGCGCCGCCUGCAGGACUCGCCCUGCCUGCAGCGCCCCGAGGAGUCCGACCCCAACUACAAGAGCCUCAGCCAGCUCGGCAUGGGCGGCCAGCCCGCCGCGUUCAACCCGCACGCCGACAGGCCCACAGUCCCCACCGCCGCCGCCGCUGCCGGCCCGGACGGGAAUGCGAAUGGCAACGCAAAUGGGAAUGGGAACCUCGCGCAGGCCGUCUCCGAUGCCGACGCCUACUUCGCCUCGCAGCUGCGCGGCAUGCGCAUCCAGGAGCAGGGGGACAGCUUCGGCGGAAACGACGCCGGCGAGACCGCCGGGUACGUCGUCAACCAGUACGCCCCGCAGACCGUGUACCAGCCGGCGCAGGCUGUGGCGAAUAAUGGGGAUUUGUUGCUCUGAGAGAGUGUGUACGUGUGUGUGUGUGGAGGUCGAGAGUUCAAAUGGAUAAUAGGAUGUUGGUUGAGUGGGCUGCUGUGGGGAGCCAGGUUGAAGGUGAUAUACGGAAUACAGUGAGCACUCACUCACGUUUCUGCGUAGGGGUCGGUCAGAGGGGACAGCGUGCAAAGAUAUCCUGUAUAAUAACCGUCAUCAUUCAUGGCAGCAAGAGCUGCAAAUUGCAGCGGUCCU